CAAGCAUUGAACAUGAACUGCACAAGAGGAAAAGGACUCCAUUUUGGACUACCAGAGUAGCAGGGGCUUCAGCUCCUUCACAGAAGCAGGAACACCAUCCCACCCUACCUAAGCAGUUGCAGCCAGGUACCAAGGGAAUAACAGCAACUACAAAAGAGGAAGAGGCAAGUCAAAAAUGUAGUCUUACACCUUUCGAAGUUCAGUGACAGGAUGGGACAAGUAUCCUGAAGUACAUUUUUUUUUUAUUUUUCAUCUGGAUGGGGGCCUCUAAACAUCUCUCUCUCAUGGCUGACCAUGAGACUUGGCCAAGCAGUAAAUCUGGCAUAAGAGGAUUCUGUCUGUGCCAUCACCAAGUUCUGAACUCCUUUUCUAUCUGACCGGGUCUAUGCAGUUGUUGAACUCAGCAAGGUUUAAAGUGCCAGAAUGGAAUCAAUCAUGGAAGUAACGGAUGCAAGUUAUUCCAACACUCUUUUAUUGCAACUAAAUGAACAGCGCCUCAGAGGACUCUACUGUGACAUCACCAUUGUUGUAGAAGACAGAAAAUUUAAGGCCCACAGGAAUGUUCUAGCUGCCUCCAGCCCAUACUUCAAUGAGGUCUUUUCAGAGAAAACACCAUGGAUAAAAGACCAAGUCUUAGAGCUUUCUGACAUCAAGGCAGACGUGUUUGCCAGCAUCCUUUGCUUUAUCUAUAACUCCAGAGUCAUGGUACACAGCCCAGCUGCAGGCAAGGAAAUUGCUUCUGUUGGAAAGCGACUAGGAAUCAUGUGUUUGGAAAACCUGGAAGAUGUCAACAAAGAACACACAGUAAUUAACACACAUAUAACAGGACAACCUUUAAGCUUUUGUUUGUCUGGUCUAGCUCAAAAUACUCAAGUAGACAAAGGAACGAAUAUAGAAACUCCAACCAACUACUGCAGAGAAGAUCCUGUAGAAGACAGUAGACCUAUAAGUACAGACUCCACUUUACCUGCUUUUCACUCUGGGUCCAUGUCACCAAUUGACCUCACAUCAUCAACAAGCAGGCAGCCAACUGGAUCAGAAAACUCAUCUCCUAUACCCCGUUUUCAGAGUCCUCCUAAUUUACAGCCAGAACCACCAAUGAUUCCUUCUGAUGCCUUCACUUCUAUUGCCACAGUGAUUCGAGAACAAAACCAGCUUCCUGUAGUGAGUUUUGCUGAAAGCUUACUCAAUGUAUGCAGUGCAAACCCAGAAAUAGGGCCACCAACUUUAUCUGCUGAUGCAGAGAUUACAACUACUGAGACAGCAAAAAUUCUGUAUACCUUAAGUAAUGCUGGGUCCAUUAGAUCGAUUGAUUCCAGCACUGACCCUACUGAAGACAGUAGUACUUCCCUUGCAGUAGCAGGCAACAGCUUAAACUGGGACCAGAAUAUUACAGAGGAGCAUUCUUCUGUAGAUUUAGCAGCACCUGAACUUGACAUUGGCGAUCUCACAAAAGUGGCUUCCUCUACUGCAUUCCCAAAGGAUAUGCUUCGUUGUGCACUGUGUAACAGAUCUUUCAGCUCAUCUUCUGCUCUUGGUAUGCAUAUAAAGCUACACAAGUCAAGGAGAACCUUGUCCUGCAAGUACUGUAACAAGACAUUUAUUCACAUCAAACGAUUACAGACACAUGAGGUUUUAUGCAGACAUACAGGCAGGGUUCCAGCUGAUGGCAAAAGAGCUGCAAACUCUAAGGACCAAGGCACUCCUGACAUGGUGCAAGAAGCUUCUCUCCAUUCCCAGCAACCAGUGAAACAUAUGGUUUCAAAACGGGGGCAUUCAAAUAUCUUCUUUCGGCAUAGAAACUUACAGAAUGCGAGUUUGUUACCUGAAGAAGACCAUUUUGUCAAGGUUGUAGAUGGCCACAUAAUUUACUUCUGCAAUGUCUGUGAGAGAUCUUAUAUGACCCUUUCCAGUCUUAAGCGUCACUCUAAUGUCCAUUCCUGGCGAAGAAAAUACCCCUGUCAUUACUGUGACAAGGUCUUUGCUCUGGCAGAAUAUAGAACAAAGCAUGAAGUAUGGCAUACAGGUGAACGGCGGUACCAGUGCAUUUUCUGUUGGGAAACCUUUGUGACUUACUAUAACUUAAAGACCCAUCAGAAAACUUUUCAUGGAAUCAAUCCUGGAUUGAUCUGUAGUGAGAAGACACCCAAUGGAGGCUACAAACCAAAACUGAAUGCAAUCAAACUGUACAGACUUUUGCCAAUGAGAUCUCAGAAACGACCAUAUAAAACAUAUAGUCAGUCAGUUUCAGACAAUGUCUUGCUUCCUUCCCAGAACAUUGAUCUUUCUUUAACUGCCAGUGAGUCUUUAGAUGGUGGUCUGUUACCAUCCAUGACUGUUGACAGCUUAACAUCAGCUGACUUAAUAUGUAAAACCAGCCAGACUGCAGGUUUCUUAUUAAACACAGAUCUGGAGUCCACAGAACAGGACACUUUAUCAAUGAAAGAGCAUGUAGAAGCAACUGCAAUAGAGACAUCACCUUCAUCUGAGAUGAACUUCAGUAACAAUGAGCAAAUGUCAUUCGGUGAACCAAGUAUGGGAAGAGAAGCCCAAACUCAAGCCCACUCUCAGAGGGAAAAUAGUAGCUUACCAUCUAACAUUUCAGCUCAUUGUCCAAAUGAUACCUCAGAGAACACUGCCGCCACUGUUAUUGCAUAUGGCCACCCUAGUUCCUCAGUCAUAGUUCAUAAUAUAGCUGCUUCUUCUUCUUCUGUAAUAUCACAUAAUAAUCAGUCUCCCUCUGUCAUCACAUUCAACAGCAAAUCUUUAAAAACACAGGAACUGCCUGCAGAAACCCAGGAAGAGAUAUCUACAUCAGUGACUGAGCUAGCAAGUCGACCCAAAAAUAGACGAGCUUCAAAACGCCACCAUAAGACGCAGCAAAAGUGCACUAAUGCAACAACUACUGCUAGACAAAGUUUGGGGGAUCACAGAAAUGAAACUAGGGGUCAUAGAAAAUCAAAAUCACGGAUGCUGCGGGGUAAAACCAUGACAUAUGUGGCGAAACCUGCAUGUGUGGGAACUGCAUCAGGAAGCAGGAGUGCUCCACUCUGCCAGAUUACAGUUCGGAUUGGUGAAGAAGCAAUUGUUAAGAGAAGGAUCUCAGAAACAGACCUGAUGAGAGACAAAAGCCCAAGCAGAAAAAUUAGGAAGGCAGAAAACAGGCACCAGUGUAAUGGAGUAAAGGGCCAUCGAUUAAGGAAGCACUCAAGAAGAAAUGGAAAAAAAAUAGACACUACAACUAUGAAUGAGACCUGUGAUGAUGAUGAUAGUGACCGUGAUAUAGAAGAUCAGCUGUGGCGUCCAUACUACACUUACAAACCCAAAAGAAAAGUGUGCAGUGUUGAAAAAGUAAAGCGAUCACGGUGGAGGUGCAAACUGAGAUAUAAACGCUCUUUAAGAUGGAAAAAACGUGAUGACAAAACAGCUCAUGAGUCCACCAGUGAAACCUGUAAUUCAUUUUUAAAACAACACAUGAAUGGGAAGCAAGAUAAAUCAAGUAAUGAUGCAACAGACCAAAAGAAUGAAUUGGUUGUCAGCUGCAAAAUCUGUUCCGAGGCUUUCUUUGAUAGAACUUCCCUGAGAAAACAUCAGAGAUGCCAUACACUGGAAAAGAAAUUCCAAUGUGCAAUAUGUGGCAAAAAAUUUUCAACAGUUAAAAAGCUGCAGAAGCAUGAGCUUAUGCAUGGCACUAUUCCUCAGUUUGCAUGUGAACACUGCAAGCAGGAAUUCAGUACAAGUGAGUUACUGGAGGAGCAUAAAAAACAACACAAUACCAAGACAAAUGAAUCUGUCCUAAAAAGUUUCAAGGAACUCAGCACACAAGUUGUUCCCAGUAAAACAGGACGGGUUGGAAGGAAACCUUCUGUGCGAUAUACCUGUUUAAUCUGCUCCAAAGUGUGCAAAACAGCAGCUGCCCUGGGAAGACACAUGAAGAGGCAUGAAACAAAGGAACAAGAUGAUGAAACAUGUCUUGAACCACCAGCCCAACAAAGUGAAGAGACAGUGUCAGAAUUGAGCACAGUCCAAGCUACACCGACCACAGUUAUCACCUUCUCCAAAUCCUCAGAAAAUACUGACAUAAGCCCUAGACACCAGCUCAACUGUUUUGAGCUUAGCUGCAGUGCCACUGUCAAAGGCACUACUUCUGAACAAAAAACAGAGGAAAAUUCACAAGAGAUGCAAGUCUCGUCUUCCAGUAGCGAACAUAUGUCCUCUUCAGCAGCAGAUGCAGAGGAUGAGAAAUGCCUCUGUCUGCCAAUAGAAAGUAGUAAUAAUGCACAUGUGCAUAGUCAGGAAGAUAUGAUUACUAAGGAAGACCAGGUGCCAGGCCCUACAAAAGAGCAGGAUAUCAUGUCAGAAGCAACUGCCUUAAGCCAGGCUAGUAACAAAGACUUCAGCACACAAGAUGUAAGUGAGCAAUCUGGAGACACAGAAAGUCAAGAAUGUCAGCAGGUAGAAGAACAGCCGGUGUAUUCAGAUAAACCCUCUUCUAGGCCAGAUGAGCAGAUGGCACUAUCCUAUGUCAUCAGUGAAGCACAAGUACUCCAACAGGAAGUGAUCCUGCAAGCAGCAGAAAAAAUCCCAGCAAGGGGUCUGAUACCAUCACCCUGUGCUGACAGUAUCAUCAGUCAGAGACCUCCAAUAUUUCAGGAAGUGAAUGGCAACCCCAUGCAGGAAGUUAAAGGAUAUGAAGCAGACAUGAUGACUGUACAAGAAACUGCAGUAUCACCUGCAGGGGAGAUUGUCACACAAGAAGGAACUUCACUGCCUCAUGCAGCAGAUCACUCUGCAGCUGAAGCCUGUAUGAUGCCACACAGCGACAAAACUCUUCCUACUCUUGAACUUAUAACAUCACCAGCAAAUAGACAGAAUGACCCUAUUCCUAAGGAGGAAGAAGAAAUAUUACCAGUAGAGCCUGAGCUCUUCAUGCCAGAAAUCAAGCGGUCAGAAAGUGCUGAAAGCAUUCCUGAACUGCAGCAUGCAAUGGCACACAUGCCUGAAACUGCACAGAGCUUUCCUGCACAGAUGAUGAUGCUACAGCAUGCAAGAGAAGCUUCACCUAAUACUGCACAUAUGUUUAUGGUACAUCAUGCCAUAGAUGCCUUUCAGCAUAUCCCUUCACAAAAGGUGAUGAUGCCACAUUCAAUGGAAGGUCAGCAGGCCAUGGUUGCGCAUAAACUGGUAACAAAACAAACAGCUGAAGCUCAGCAUAGUACAACUACCCAUAAACUGCUGAUGAAUAUUACAACAGAAAAUCAACAUGGAGGCAACACAAAUAAACUGAUGAUGCCAUUCAGUGGAGAACAGCAGACUGCAACACCACAAAAGAGACUUAUGACACACCAUAUGACAGAAAACCAAGAGGACACCAACACUUCUAAAUUAAUGAUGCACCCCAUGACUCAAAGGUUUCCCCAGAAAGACUCUGUGAUGCCUCCCAGUGGUAAAGGUAUUGGGGCUAACAUAUCACCCAAGCUACUGCUGACAAAACAUUCUGAUUUGCAGAAGACCUGCAUGCAAGAGCCUUGUGUGGAGACACCUUACAUGAUCCAGGAAUACCCCCUCCCACUUAUUGCUCCUGCUAGCUGUAGAUCCAAUAAAGAGGCAGGUAAAGUACUAGCCUCAUACCCUGGUGUUAUCCCCUUUGGUAGCGUUAACACAGUCAGUGGUGAAGACCUCAAUAAAGUUGCUUUCUAUCCAGAGCCCUACCCACUCAUCUAUGGGCACCAACUCUUGGCUUAUCCGUACAACUUUGGCAACCUAGCUGCUUUGCCAGUGGCAUUAAACAUGGUCAUCCCUGAAGAGAAGGGCCAACAUCUUCCCUUCCUGCCCAGUAUGUUUGGAUACAUUAACCAGUGUGGAGGAGGUGAGAUGCCUGAGGGCCCCAUUGUUAUAAAUCGGAACAGCAGCAUGGGUCAGGCAGAAGGCACAAACCAGGAACGUCUGAAGAAAGGAAAUAUGCUUUGAGUUAAAGACUGUCUGACCUAUGGCUGGGAGCAAGUCAUGAUUUCAUUUGUCUGGCAGGUAGCUGUUUGAAUGACAGUUUGGCAGGAUUUAAGCAUAAAACUGUCAGGUGAACAUUCCUGAUUCUAAACAGACUACUAGAGAAUGUGCCAGCUCUAGAAAGCUACUGACAUACCACACACACACACACACACACACACACACACACACACACACACACACACACACACACACACACACAGUUGUGAUCUUUCUCUUUAUUCCUUAAAGGAACUUCUUGCAGAUAAGCUACUCAUAUCAAGAAGAAAGAAUAUUUAUGCUUGUAUGUGCAAUCAUGAAGAAUUACUGAGACAUUCACGUCCUAUGUAUCACAAAGUUCUACAAUGGUGACAAAAGUCUCCCAUUAAUGUUUCUUGACUAUCCUAACACAAUUCCCAUUUUAUGUCUUCAUUUAGAGAAAAUGUUAGUCAAAGGUUUUUAAUUUUCUACUAGCAGCCUCUUUUGUAUUUGGAAUAUUGGAUAUUACUGUUCCGUCUUCCUUCUUUGGAUCAAAGGAGACACCAGUAAUAGGUCUCUACUCAGUUUUAGCCACUGUCACAAAACUGAAGUGUGAUCCUUUUUAUGGUUGCAUUGUAAACUGCAAGUCUGGACUGACGUACCAUCUACAGUUGUUGCACUGAUUACUAAUUGAAUGAAAUGUGGCGUCAAGCUGCAUUUUGGGGGCAGGGGGUAAAGCACCUUACUGAAGAAUUUUUUUCAUAAAUAUGAAAGCCUACUCCUUUGAUAUGAUGCUGUCAUUGUAUCAGUUCAUUAGAAUAGACCCAAAGAAUGUCAUGCAAUGGUAUUGCCUGUCUGUAAGUCAGUAAUUGCCUCAAGUGGCUAUUUCGUGAUUCUGGUGACAUUACCAGAGUUAAGUACAAAAUCAGCCAAAGCAAAAGAAUGAAUCCACAAAAGCUGAAGGACGCAAGUCAGUUAUUACUGAAACAGUACUAUAAACAUGAAUGCUUUUCGUAUUAUUUAGCUUCAUCCUCACUUUUUGUUAUGUUACCAGGUAGGUUAUAGAAAUUACAUAAUAGUUCUGUCUCCAUUUCAGUGAGCAUUUCUUCAUAAUACUUUUCAGUCAACAUCCAUUACCUCACUCCUUCAAUCUCCUUCCUAGAUUAUGACUGUUAAGAUACUCAGACACUGACAGUAGGAAUGAUGUUUUUAGGUUGAAGCACUUUAGUUUAGUAUUGGAAAAGGUACUGGUUUAACACACAGAAAAGCAAAAAUUGAAUGUUUCUGGCACAGGAUGCCAGCCUUAUAUUUUGGUUAGAAUCUUUUUCAGAAGGGACACUGUGUCUGAUACAUUGUUUCAUAGUGGUCAGCUACUGCAUCCUGUCUGUCUUACUCUGCUGUUCUCAGGCAACUCCCAAAGAAUCUGAAUGAUUUUGAUGAGGUGGAGUUUAUAUAUACACACACACACACACACACACACAC